GAGCCAAGGCCCGCGGGCCCGCGCACGCCUGGAGUGACGCGGAGAGUAGGCGAGUCCGGAGGGCCGAAAGGUAGAGCGGCGCAACCCUCUGGUUUGCUGCACAUCGUAGGCCGCUCUGGGCUCCGGGGCUCGCGUCUCACUGUUGCGUUGGGUUCCUCGAGCGGAUCCGGGGCAAGAGGGAGGAGAGCUCGGGGUCAAGGGCCGCUGCCGCCCGCACUCGGCGGGGCCGCCAGCCAGGAUUGGAUCCAGUGUGGACGAUUAAGUCAAACAGAAGGAGGCUCGUUCUUUUACAUAGUUGGCUCACAGUGGCUCCUGAGGUGCCUUCAGGAUGCCUGCGGCACUUGUAGAAAACAGUCAGGUCAUUUGUGAGGUGUGGGCCAGCAAUCUUGAGGAAGAGAUGCGGAAGAUCCGUGAGAUUGUCCUCAGCUACAGCUAUAUCGCAAUGGAUACAGAGUUUCCAGGCGUUGUUGUACGACCGAUUGGUGAAUUUCGAAGCUCCAUAGAUUACCAGUAUCAGCUUUUGCGGUGCAAUGUUGACCUUCUAAAAAUCAUCCAGCUGGGCCUUACAUUCACAAAUGAGAAGGGGGAGUACCCUUCUGGGAUCAACACAUGGCAGUUCAACUUCAAGUUCAACCUGACAGAGGAUAUGUACUCCCAGGAUUCCAUAGACCUGCUUGCAAACUCCGGGUUGCAGUUCCAGAAACACGAGGAGGAGGGGAUUGAUACAUUGCACUUUGCAGAGCUGCUUAUGACAUCGGGAGUGGUUCUCUGUGACAACGUCAAGUGGCUUUCAUUUCACAGUGGUUAUGAUUUUGGCUACAUGGUAAAGCUGCUUACAGAUUCUCGACUGCCAGAAGAAGAGCACGAGUUUUUUCACAUCCUGAAUCUUUUCUUCCCUUCCAUUUAUGAUGUGAAAUACCUGAUGAAGAGCUGCAAAAAUCUUAAGGGAGGCCUUCAGGAGGUGGCUGAUCAGUUGGAUUUGCAGAGGAUUGGAAGGCAACAUCAAGCAGGCUCAGACUCUCUGUUAACAGGGAUGGCUUUCUUCAGGAUGAAAGAGCUAUUCUUUGAGGACAGUAUUGAUGAUGCCAAAUAUUGUGGGCGCCUCUAUGGCCUGGGCACAGGAGUGGCCCAGAAGCAGAAUGAGGACGUGGACUCUGCCCAGGAGAAGAUGAGUAUCUUGGCCAUGAUCAACAGCAUGCAGCAGUGACAGUGCGUGCCCCACGCCGCCUGUGCCAUCUGCCCGGCCACUGACUGACCUGCGUCUGCUCCAAGCAGAGACUUUGGGUUUUUGUUUAAAGAUGCCUUUAUUUUAGAUCCAAGAGGGGGUUUGCUCUGAAUUUGUAAACAAGUCUUCCUUGUCCUCAUGCCCAUACCCCUCUGCUGCCUUCUGCCACCAGCAUCCAUGGCUCCAUGGACACCUUUUUAAAUCUCCAGGAUGUCUGAAACAAACUAGUAAAAUGUGUAUGACUCUUAUGCGUUGUCAUUCUUCUUUUGGCUUUGUUGCUCUGAUGAAGAUGCUCCGAUGAGCUGAGGCUGCCAGAGAACAAGGUGUGUGUUCCUGAGAAGCAGGUCUGUGCCAGCAGGCUGUUUUGCCUUGUUUGUGCUUUUUCAGGAUGGAGUGGCGCUACAGUAAUUGCUGGCCCGUGCUGAAAUCUGGAGACAGUUCUGUCUCCUUCCGUGUUGUUAGGCUGGCCCCUGAGCCUCACCUUGUUCACCUUGGUUUUCAGUUGAUGAACUGCCCUAGACCAGACCAUGCUCCCAGUCAUCCUGUUCUUAGCAGGGUGAUCUGUCCUGUGCUCCAUAUGCCUGUCGGCAUUUAGCAAGCCUGAGGUGUCAAGAGGUGGUAGAGCUGAGCUCAGGAGCUUGAGUCUUAGGAAAGAAAGGCCCAGGAGUCACUGUGAGGACAGUAAGGGGAUUCACCUCAGAACCCGUGGAGUCAUCCCCACAACUAUGUUUGGAAGCCUGUUGUCUGUGUUUAAGGUUAGGCAUUUAGGAAGCACACUGCUUUUUAAAUGACUAUAGAAAAGGACAAUUGUAAGAAAGUAAAAACUUCUUUGGAAGGCAGAGACAGAUGGCAGCAGCUCACUUAGGCAGGAAUGGUCUUACCUUUUAAAAGCUUGUGGGAAACUGAAUUUGAAAUAGCAAAAUGUCAAGUAUUAAAGCUGGUAUUUAAGAUGCCUGUAAAUAUUAUUUAUGUUUUUAAUUUUGUAAAAUAAAGAUUGCUUUUUAACCAUUGGCA